AUAUAACGGCAAUAAUUAAAGCUAUGAACAUGCGCUUCCUCUUCUUCAUCUCUUAGAUUCCAAUAGUUGAAUCCACUCAUAGAUAGAUCGCCUUCAACAAUGGCGGAGAAUUCAACAGAAGGAGCCACGACUCUUUUUUCUCCUUACAAGAUGGGGGCAACAAUCAACCUCUCUCAUAGGGUGGUGCUGGCUCCGAUGACCAGAUGCAGAGCGUUGAACGGGGUUCCACAGGCUGCACUUGCUGAAUACUACGCUCAAAGAUCAACACCAGGUGGAUUUCUCAUCACUGAAGGCACUUUGAUCUCUCCCACUGCUCCUGGGUUUCCACAUGUACCUGGAAUAUAUUCAGAUGAACAAGUGGAGGCAUGGAGAAAUGUUGUGGAUGCCGUGCAUGCCAAAGGUAGCUUUAUCUUCUGUCAACUCUGGCAUGUUGGCCGUGCAUCUCAUCCAGUGUAUCAGCCUGGUGGGGCUGCGCCAAUUUCGUCCACCAGCAAACCCAUAUCAGGGAGGUGGAGGAUUCUCUUGCCCGAUGGGUCCUAUGGUGUUUACCCACAGCCUCGUGCACUCACCACUUCUGAGAUACCUGAAAUAGUGCAGCAUUAUAGGCAUUCAGCAAUCAAUGCAAUUCGUGCAGGUUUUGAUGGAAUCGAGAUUCAUGGGGCGCAUGGGUAUCUAAUUGAUCAAUUCUUAAAGGAUGGAAUCAAUGAUCGAACAGAUGAAUAUGGUGGAUCACUUGAAAAUCGGUGCAGGUUCUUAAUUCAGGUGGUUCAAGCUGUUGUUUCUGCUAUUGGAGCAGAAAGAGUAGCUAUCAGAAUUUCACCAGCAAUUGAUCACCUUGAUGCCAGUGACUCUGACCCACUUGGGCUAGGCUUAGCAGUGGUUGAGAGACUCAACAACCUGCAGAAAAAGCUGGGCAGAAAACUCACUUAUCUUCAUGUUACUCAGCCUCGAUACACAGCUUAUGGCCAAACCGAGUCUGGUAGACCUGGCAGUGAAGAAGAGGAAGCUCAUUUAAUUAGGAACCUGAGAAAAGCUUAUCAGGGAACCUUCAUGUGCAGCGGUGGAUUUACUAGGGAGUUAGGAAUGGAAGCUGUAGCUCAAGGUGAUGCUGAUUUGGUAUCCUAUGGUCGUCUUUUCAUCUCCAAUCCAGACUUGGUUUUAAGGCUUAAGCUUAAUGCACCUCUAACCAGGUAUAACAGGAAGACAUUUUACACCCAUGAUCCCGUUAUAGGCUACACAGAUUAUCCUUUUCUUAGCAAAGAAAGUGAGGCUAAGGAGCCAAUGGCACGCCUUUAAUUGUAAUGUUUAUUUUAGCUUUGAGUUUUGAUGUUGUCAUAUGCAUAAUUGGAGUGUCCUGAUCUUGAGUAUUCUGUCUUCAUUGUGAAAAUUUGUCUUAAUACGCUUUACUGAAAAAAA